AUGGAAAUGGAAAACGCAGUAACGAAACAGAGUAUCCCUUUCCUUAAGCCUUACAAGAUGGGAAGAUUCAAUCUUUCUCAUAGGGUUGUUCUAGCUCCAUUAACAAGACAGAGAUCAUACGGAAACGUUCCUCAGCCUCACGCUGUUUUGUAUUACUCUCAAAGAACCACUCCAGGUGGUCUUCUCAUCACUGAAGCCACUGGUGUUUCAGAUACAGCUCAAGGUUAUCCAGAUACUCCUGGGAUAUGGACUAAAGAGCAUGUGGAGGCAUGGAAGCCAAUUGUCGAUGCUGUUCAUGCGAAAGGCGGUGUCUUCUUCUGUCAGAUCUGGCAUGUUGGUCGGGUUUCUAAUCAAGGUUUUCAGCCAAAUGGGCAAGCUCCUAUCUCUUGUACGGACAAACCAUUGAUGCCUCAAAUCCGCUCUAACGGCAUCGACGAAGCCAGGUUUACCCCUCCAAGACGGCUAAGUAUUGAAGAAAUCCCCGGCAUUGUCAACGAUUUUAGGCUUGCAGCAAGAAACGCUAUGGAAGCUGGCUUCGAUGGAGUCGAGAUUCAUGGCGCACAUGGCUAUCUGAUAGACCAGUUCAUGAAGGACACGGUGAACGAUAGAACAGACGAAUACGGUGGAUCAUUGGAAAACCGUUGCAAAUUCGCAUUAGAAAUAGUCGAAGCAGUAGCCAACGAGAUUGGACCAGAUCGUGUUGGAAUCAGGCUCUCUCCUUUCGCCGACUACAUGGAAUCAGCAGACACAAACCCACAAGCAUUAGCGGUUCACAUGGCGAAAUCUCUGAACAAAUACGGAAUCCUCUACUGCCAUGUGAUUGAAGCAAGAAUGAAAACAUUGGGAGAGAUUUCAGAGUGCCCUCACACGCUAAUGCCAAUGAGGAAAGCCUUUAAUGGGACUUUCAUAUCCGCGGGAGGUUUCAAGAAGGAAGACGGGAAUGCGGCCGUGGCAGAGGGUCGGACCGAUCUGGUGGCUUAUGGUCGAUGGUUUCUAGCCAACCCGGAUCUACCAAAGAGGUUUGAACUUGAUGCGCCGCUGAAUAAAUACGAUAGACCAACGUUUUAUAUUUCUGAUCCGGUCGUGGGGUACACCGAUUACCCUUUUCUCGAUUCAACAGCUUAA